CUCAAUUGUUUUGUUUUUAUUAAGAUAAUUUUGAAGUAUACUUGAAAUUUUUAGAUGGCACCUAGAAGCUGUAAAGUGUGUGUACGAUUAAGGAUGGCUAGUGGAAGUAUUCCUAACGGUAGAAGCAUGUCUGAAUCUUCAGAUUAUCCUUGUAUGCCAUGGUUUGGCAUGGAUAUUGGAGGCACUUUAACAAAAUUAGUCUAUUUUGAACCAAAAGAUAUUACUCCUGAUGAAGAAAAUGAGGAAGUGGAAGUUUUAAAAAAUAUUCGGAGGUACUUGACCAAGAAUUCAGCCUAUGGGAAAACUGGUCAUCGGGAUAUACAUCUCCAGAUGGAUGAUAUUGAAAUUGGAGGUAGGAAGGGAUCUGUUCAUUUUAUCAGAUUUCCAACAUGUGAAAUGCCUAAUUUCUUAGCAUUGGCCAAACGACAAGGCAUGGCAUCGUUAAUCACUACAGUUUGUGCUACGGGAGGAGGAGCUUAUAAAUUUGAAGAAACUUUUGCACGUGAGGUCAAUAUGAAACUUGCAAAAUUUGAUGAGUUAGAUUCCUUGAUACGUGGCAUGUUAUUCGUUGAAAUGAAUAACCCAAGAGAAUGUUAUUAUUGGAAAGAUCCUACAGACAACGAAAAAUGCAGGAAAGAGAGUUACGACUUCAGCGCACCUUAUCCGUUUUUAAUUGUUAACAUUGGUUCUGGUGUUAGCGUAUUGGCUGUAUAUGGUCCUAAAAGUUACAAGAGAAUAUCAGGAACAAGCUUGGGCGGUGGGACAUUCCUUGGUUUAUGUUGCCUCCUUACGGGAUGCAAAACUUUCGAAGAAGCUAUAGAAUUAGCUACAAGUGGCGAUAAUACAAAAGUAGACAAACUUGUCAAAGAUAUUUACGGCGGUGACUAUGCAAGGUUUGGUCUACCUGGAGAACUUGUAGCGAGCAGUUUUGGACAAAUGAAUUCACUGGAUAAGAGACAAAAUGUAUCCAGAGAAGACUUAGCAAGAGCAACCCUAGUUACUAUCACUAAUAAUAUUGGGUCGAUUGCAAGAAUGUGUGCUCUUAAUGAAAAAGUUAAUAGGGUUGUUUUUGUUGGAAAUUUCUUGAGAGUGAAUCCUAUCUCUAUGAAAUUAUUAGCUUAUGCAAUGGAUUAUUGGUCCAAGGGAACACUUAAAGCACUAUUUCUUGAACAUGAGGGUUACUUUGGUGCUGUUGGCUGUUUGCUAGCUUUCAAUGACGAUUUCAGUUGAAUUCGUUGGUGCUUCUUCCUCUCUUUGUUCAAAAAUCAACGUCUUAACAAAUAUUUCUUUGCAAUAAUUUGCAUAGUCCACAAAUGUAUGUAAUUAUUUAUUUAUAUAUUUAUUUAUAUUUUUGUAAUGGAUAUUUUUAAUUUAGUGAUGAAAUUUUGACAUGACAGUGUAUUAUAAUUUUAUUAUUUUAAUUGUAACUUUAAAACAAAA